CAGGGCGGCCACAUUUUAAGUACCAUAGACAGCAUUCCUUUCAGGAGGGAGCGUGACAGACACUCACCAGCCACGGAGCUUCUGCAGCUCCUCACCUCCUCCAAUUCAGCAGGACCUGCAGCAGCUUGAGUGCCCUAACCCCCCUCUCCGGCCACUGACAGCUCCCUGCAGCUGCUGGUGUCCCUCUGCUUGUGGGCAGCAGCGUGAUCGUGGUGCUGGGCGCUCACUGGGGACUCUGGAGAUGAAGGGAAAUGCAGAGUGGUGAAUCUCCUGGCUCUGGAUGUGGACAUACGGAAGUGUACUGCUGACAGAUAAGCUCUGGAAACGCUUUCUCGUUGGACUACUAGAGGAACAGAUGGCAACUGUAUAUAUUAUCAUAGAUGACCAAAAUAGACCCAAUACAGAUCUGUGUGGGAGGAGAAGGAAGCAGACUUGUACCAGGAAGAGAUUUCAGGAUUUAUACGGUGGUGUACCUGGAGGCGGCCGAGCCAGCCACAAUGUCCUUACAGUGGGAGUACAUGCCGCAGGAAGUGCUUGCACAGAUCUUUUAUUAUCUGCCUCUUACAGACAGAUGGGCUGUCUCCCGGGUGUGUCACUCUUGGGCAUCUGCGGUGGCAUCAAACUCUGUCUGGCACUACACAGAAAUCAGAUGGGUCACCGAAGAAGAGAUAACAUCCCUUGAGGCUCUGCAGCAUUUUAUUGGCCAGAUUAGACAGCUAAAGAUUCAGUUUGAUCAGUCCAAAGAAGCAACACGAAAAAACGUGAUUCAAAUCCUGGAAUGUUUGGCCAAGAAAAGCAGAAAGUUGGAGAGCCUGAACAUCAUGUGUUGUGGAGAGAACCCUUACUUCUACUCUGGCCUGGAAAUCCUGGACAGCAUUAUGGAGCUGUGCCGGAAGGAGAGUCACAUAGACCUCUACCAUAUUGACUUACGUAAACUCCCAUUUACUCUAAGUGAUGGUUUUACAAGACUUAUUGCUACCGGGAGUCCAAACCUCCGUAGCUUGUACAUCAAUAAUAGAACGUUAGUUUGCAAAGUAACUCCUGACACUCUGAUAGAGGUUUUACGAGUGUGUCCUAAAUUGUCUGUUUUAGGGGUCUUUUGUUCUAGUCUAUCAGAAGAUGUAUUUCAAGAACUGAUGAAACCAGAGAGACCACCCUUUAACCAUCUGGACAUCUUGUGUGAACGUCUAGACAAAUACACUCUUGCUAUUUCUGAUGAGGUUUGGGGAGCACUCUGUCAACGCCACCCCUCUCUAUCAGUGGAUCUGGAGUUAGACCACACGGUCCCAGCAUGGAAAAUCCCCCGAAUAUUAAAACCAAAGAUUCCUGUGGCCACAUUACAACUCAACACUUACAAUGAAAUGACAAAUCAGCUGCAUUUCGUCAGCAGUCACUACACACAGACUCUGAAGAGGCUUGUCAUACAGACAACCUCCUCCAGCAGUCUCAACACAUCUCUCAUUGACAUAGCUAGAAAAUGCAUUAAGUUGGAAGAGAUCCACUGCUACUGUGUAGUAGAUGCAGAUGUAAUUCAGGCUUUUUUCAUGCACUGUCCUCUUUUGAAGAGAUACACUCUUAAAGUCAUCAAAGAGAAGCAUCCAUGGAAGGCAACUUACCACCAGCCUGAAUCUGUAAUGGCUAAAGAUCAACAUUAACGGAUUUGAGACACAUUUACCUCAUAUUUACAUCUGCCCAAAAUUGUUGCCAGCCUUGGGAACAUUUCUGUGGAGGUCAUGUGAUGUGCAGUGUACAAUGGCAUAGAGGUGAUCCAUCCAACCUGUGCAGGAGCGGAAAGUACUUAUGCACCAUAGGUACUUUCCGCUCCUGAGAGAUAAUUCUGCACCAAGGUGCAAUUUGCAGAAGUGUAAACAUCACAUCACUAUUUCAACUUCCUGCCACUUCAGAACCUUCCAUUUCAUUAAGUGAAAUAGUUCAGCCAUUUUGCCAAAUUCUCCUUGAUUUGCCUCAUUUGUGGCUUAAAUUGAACAUGAGAAUGAGGGGACAAGCUUUGCUCUGAGUAGACGGUGCCUAGAAACGCGUUUCUCCUACUGGAAGGCGCAAAAUGAGUGACAUCAAAACUGUUGGGAUUAGUUAUAACCUCUCUCAGUUCAGAGUUGGUGCAAAAAUGAAAUCCUCCUUCAGAGUGGAAAAAACUGCUCUUCUCCACCCAGCAACCAGCACCUCUAAGUGUGCUUUAUCCGCCGCUUUAUCAAAGUGUAAUAAUCUUUGCACGUUGAAGUCUUGUUUUUUUUCAGUGCUCUACUAAACUUUAUGCACCAAUGUGCCGACCUAAUACUUUGUAAAGAAUGCCCUCUUUACACUUAACACUUUCUAUUGGCCGUCGUAACACACCUCUCAAACACGGCCAUCUUGCUCCUUACCCUAUGCCAUUAAGCAGAAAUCUCACCAUGCUUGCGCCAAUCAAUGUGCAUGUUUCCAAAGAGAGUUUUGUCUCAGGUGUUUUGUGCAACAUAAAUGUUUCACUUUAUGGUUGGUUUAAAUAUUCAUAAAUCUUUUUUCCAGAUGUCGAAUUGCAGGGUGUUAAAAAUAUGUGACUACUGACUUUUUUGAACAGUAUAUCCGCGGAAUAAAGGCAACAUUAUUUGUCAAGUAGCUAGUAUGUACCCAGCUUAACUUUAGGCGUGAAAGAUAUAGGGGUAUGUUUACCAAUACGAUGUGUAUUGCCUUAAACAGAAAAAGCACUACAUUAGGUCCCACUACAAACCAUUGAAAAUCCUUAAACUUAAUAAUUGAAAUAAAAAAUAUUGUUUCAUGAGGUUUCUGCAUUGAAUUUAAAUAAAUAGUCCUGCCAAGACCAGUUAUACAAGACUUCUAUUGGACUGAUAAGGGCAUAUGGAUAAGUAAUUUUCUCUCCCUUUUUAAAACUACUCCACUAGCAUCAGAAUAUUAUCUAUUAUUUAUGCCGGGGCUCUUCUUGUGAUAAUUGACUAUAUGAACCUAAAUAGCAAUGUCAGUGUGUGUAAUACUAUUGUGUUACAGUGCAUUAGUAAGCACCUCAGUUAGGGAUAAAACACCGAUUACAGUACUGCCCUUCCUCAACUAUUGGGAUAUUUUACAUUUGCUAUCCUAAUGAACAUAAAACUGACACCACAGUCUCUAAUUGCACCCCGUAAGAUUGGCAGAGUAACCAUGGAAAAUGUUGUCCAAUUAUCAAGAAGGCUCCCCGAGAGGUGUCACCGGUUACCUGCACAGACAUUGGCUGAGAGCCCGAGAGAGUGCCAAAAGAUGGAUCAUUCCAAAGAAAAAAAUGUUAGACAAAGCACCUGUACCAUAGGUGAUGGUACAGGUUGAGUAUCCCAUAUCCAAAUAUUCUGAAAUACAGAAUUUUUUGAGUGAGACUGAGAUAGUGAAACCUUUCUUUUCUGAUGGCUCAAUGUACACAAACUUUGUUUAAUACACAAGGUUAUUAAAAAUGUUGUAUUAAAUGACCUUCAGACUGCAUGUAUAAGGUUUAUACGAAACAUAAAUGAAUUGUGUGAAUGUACACAAACUUUUGUUUAAUGUACAAAGUUAUUAAAAAUAUUGGCUAAAAUGA